AUGGCCUUAGUCCACACAAGUUAUUACGCGCAUCCGUUGGAAAACUCGCGACUUUCACAGCGCGAACUUCUGGCGCGCAUUUUCGGCUACCCAGACCGGGAAACCGAAGACGAGCCCAUGGAGGUUGAAGAAUGCCUCAGUGAUUCAGGAUCGGACCAUGAAAUGGAAGAAUAUCAUAAAGGUAUGAUUUCUUAGUUGUGUUUAUGGAUAGUUUUAUACCAACCAAAAGCUGGUCGCGGAGGUUUUGGAUCGAAAGGUAAAACGUGGAUCUUUGCAUGCAUGAAAGCAAACAUUGGGUAAUGAAAAUUAAAUAUGUCGAACUCAGCGUUUUUGUCCGUUUCAUUCUUCACUAUCCAAAUCUUUUUUGUGUGUACGUUGAAAUUAUUUUGGCCUCUCAGUUGAAGCACAAAUGAUUGAGUGUAUUUUAAUUGAGCUUUAUAGCGCUCUUGUCGAGGAAAACGAACUUUGUACCGUCACAAACACGAAACGACAAGAUUUGCAUAUGCAAAGCUAAACGGCUAUAUAUGGAAAAAAAAAACCAGCUGCUUCCCUCAAAGAUCCUUUCAAUAUAGAAUUAGAAAAGCCCGUAAAAUUCUUUUAAAGCAAGAGUUUUUUUAAAGGUUUUUUCGUAUUUUCGUAGUAAAUUUUCCCUUGUGUAAAAAGGAGAAAACAGUUUUUCAUGCAGUUUCCUGUCCGGUCGGCAUGAAAACGCUGAAUUGUGCAUGUUUUCUCUUGUCGUUCGUGCUGAAGCUUUUGGAAAUGAUAUUGUUCAAUUACCAGAUUUUAUUCCUUCACGUGAUCGUCUUGUGGCAAUAUACGCUUUCCAGUUUCGUGCCCAAAAACGUAAAAUUUCGUUUUCUUCGGUGCGUGCACUGAAAACUCUUUGGGCGAGGUUCGUCACUACCAGCUUGUUAUUAGAGGUGGAUGUUUACCGGCUUCUGUCGAUAUGCGCGAUCCGCUCUGACAAUCAUAACACAUAAUCCUUUAAUACAAAUUUAUAGACAUGUCAAUAUUUAUGGUCUUCGCAUUGAGUCGCUCAGAAAGCCGAAAUUUUGAAUUUCUGUGCGGCUUGGUUCAGCUGAAUUUUAAAUUUUUGACAUAUUUUUGUUUCAAGGAAAUAAUUUUUUAUUGGCACGCUUGGAGUGUUUGCCGAUGUGUAAUCUAUUGCCACUGGCUUGAAAACAGCCACUCGACAAAAAUGUGAAGAUUUGAGAUAUUUGAAAUGGCUAUACUCUAUUGCUUGUUUUCAAUAUUAUUAUAAAAUGUCUUCACCCUCUCAGAGGGGUACAAAUGUUCCCAGUCUGAAUUUCAAAACCAUUCAUUUGGCAUACCGAGGAGAAAGCCAUGUUCCUGUCAGUAUAUUACUGUUGUGUUUGUUUCGAUAACCCGGGGCUAGUGGAUUUUGUUUUUUGGCUAGUGAUUUUUGUUCUUAACACUCGACUUGCAAGUGCUGUUUUUUUGAGGAAAUUCAAAUGGAUUGUAAACAAUCCUGUUAAUCAAAAAGGGUUUGUAUAGGUAAUAGCAUGAUUAGUAGUGAUAUUUGGCAUAAAUACCACGAGUGAUAUUUCAAAAUUGUUACAAGGCGAGUGAAAUUUGAGACAAUUUUGAAAUAUCACAAGUGGUAUUUAUGCCAAAUAUCACCUACAAAUCAUGCUAUUAAUUGUUUAUACUACUACCCGCAAAAGGUUGUAAUUUUCACAUGCAGGUAUUUCAAAUUGAGCUGAAAUACCACUGCUCUAAGCCAAUCAAAUUGCAGAAAUUUCUCAUGUAGUAGUAUAAUAGAGCUAAUUGAAAUGACUUGUGAGCUAGUAUUUGCUAGCUACAGCUUGCCCGAAUUGCAGGCUGUAAAACUGACUUUCUUUGUACCCUGCUUAAGCAACAAGAACAUUGACGUCCUGGAUGUCAAAAAUGGCCGGGCAACCAGAAGUUGAUAUUUUCUCUCUUUUAGUGUUGACUCGACAAAUUCGUACAUUGGGAGUUAAAACAAAGACUGUUAAAUUCGUCAUGUGGGAUAAAAGUGUUCCAUCAAGCGAGACAUCGAACUUGUGGUUGCUAUUCAUAAUGUCUGGGAUGUCAGCGUUCUCAUUGCUUAAGCUCACGGUGUAAUUUGUCAAUGUUGCUGCUUCAAGGCCAUGUCACCUGUAGGGAUUUUACCCUUACUGGGCCUGUAUUAUCAAGGAUAUCUGUCUCAAGUUAUUCCUGGAGACUAUUCUUUUUGUACCACAUAUCUGCUUGUUUCAUGGCUUUGUAAAAAAAACCCUCAAAUUUAACCACACUUGCAUAUAUUUAACGUUAUUUAGCAUUGACACCAGGAGAAGGGAAAAAUUUUUGAUGGAAUGAAAGAAUUUCUUAAAUUUGAUGUUUAAAUAAGCUUGCGUGGUCAAGACUUUACAGUUUUACCUUUUUUCAAUAGAACCGAGGGAGAAAAGAAAUAACCUAAUGGGCAAAUGAUCCAAAACCAGCUCACAACCCCUAGGAUAAAGACUGUUAAUGCACUGUGUUGAUAACAGAAAAAUCAAAGUUAAGGCCUGGCAUAUUAUUAUAUUUCAGCUGCACAUGGGAGAUGUACAGUUAAACGCACUUGUUGGCCUUCUAAUGGUUGAACUUCCUUCUCCAUGUCAAGGCGCAAGUCUUGAUGAAAAAGGAAGUGUUUUUGAGGUAUCGAGGUAAAGUGCAUACGAUCCUGAACUGACUUUGUUGUUUAAUGUCAGUGUUGUGGUUGUGUUCAUUCAUAUUGUUUGUGCAGUGUUCUCGUGGUACUGUCUUGUAAGUUUUUUGUGUUUCUGUCAUUUUACACAUUCAUAGAGUCCUUUAGCUUCAUUUGCCAUUGUAUUGGCUGCAGCUAUUUGGCGAAAUAAUUAGAUUGGACUAGCCAACCAACUUAAUUCCGUCAGAAUUUUUUUGAAGAGUAAAAUUGAUAUUUCCAUUAUUUGUUUUGGCAACCUGUUGAUACACACAGUCCAUACAGCGGCAACUGAGAUAAGUGGUUGUUCUUCCUUCUCCAGUUGAGACUUUUACAAGUCUUGAUAAAAAAGGAAGAUAGGCCUCAAACUUAGGUAUAACUUGUAUGGUAUGAGAUGCUCAAAUUUAAUAAUUUUGUUCGUUAAGUUAUUUUGUUCCAGUUUGGGUUUUGAUAUCUUGAUUCGUGAUAACGAGUUAAAAAACAAAUUGUAUGAAAAUGUAAAUUAUGCUUAUCGAUUAUGUAAAAUUAAUCUCAUAUAUUGCUCUUUGCUGUUAUGUGUUGUACCUUCAUAUUAUUCUACUACUUUUUAACUUGAAAUGGUAACCAAACUAUUGCCAUAGAAAUGCUAAAUACUGUAGAGUUUGUUACUUGUUUCGCAAGCAUGAAAAGGUUACGGAAAUUGUAGCUGCUUAAAAAAAAAUUAUUUAAAUUGAACAUAUUACUUGUACUGAAGUUGACUUAUUGUAGUAUUGACUGAAGGGAAUAGUUUGGAUGCUGUCCUGUUUGUUUGCAAAAGUGUGUUUAAGGAAUUUACAUUAAUAAGUUCAAACUUAUUCCAUGCAGCAGUUUAGUUGUGCCUGUAGAAUAAAGCUUAAUUUCCCUUUGUGCUACAUUAUUUUGCAGAUUGUGAAUGGAAAUGGGAUCCUGAAACACUUUCGUCAUCAGUAUGCCUCACAAGAGGCAAUAAAGAGGUGCUGUUUCACCCAGAUUACAGCUGUGGAACUGCAGCAGCUAAAGGCUCACAGCCCCUUACACCAGGGGGAGAAUACUAUUGGGAGAUUAAGAUGACCAGUGCUGUCUAUGGUACUGACAUGGUAGGUGACAUAUGACAGAUUGUUUUAAAACCAUCUGACAGAGACAGAAACAGACGGAUUAAACAGACAUGGUAGUCAGUUCUGGAUUUGGUUAUAAUUUACCAAAGUGACUCUUAAAAGACCUGCUACAAUCAAGACAACUAGCUGGCACAGUUUGUUUGGUGGGCUCUUGCUUUCACCCUGCAACUCCAUUAGUGACUUUUUUUGUUGGACAACUCCAGAGCAAUCAGGACAGUGACAAAAGUAUUGUACUGAACAGACUGACAUACCUGUUGACAUUGACAAACUUGAUGUACCUAACACAGAAUGCUUGCAAUAAUGACAUUCACUCUCAACAAGCUACAUUCUUCAAACAGUGAUGCUCUUUGUGCUGCAUGGACUUACAGUUGACAGAAGAACUAGAUAUUGUAUCCUUUAUUUCUUCAUUACAUAGAUAAGAUUCUGCACUUAUUAAGACAUCUCCUUUUUGUAAUCCAGGAGAAGCCAGGCUAUUGCUUAGUAUACGUUUUUUUAGAGAUAUUUAGCUCCACAGAGACUUUCAAAAAAGUGGUAAAUAAUUUGAAGAGUUGUUUUCUCAUAAGUCAACGUUUCGUAUCCAAAUAUCCAUCAUGGUAGUGAUCUCUGUUGUUUUUUGUUGGGAAUUAAGAUUUAUACCAUUUGACUGAUACAGAAUUUUGACAUAAAUGACAUACCAUACAACUAGGUGACUGCAUUUACAUGGAUCUGUAUGUGAAUAUAGUUAAUUCAUUAAUUUUUUUUAUGCAUUUUAACCAGAUGCUGGGAGUAUGCACAAGAGACAUGGACAUCACUCAGUAUAAAACCUCCUUCUGUAGCCUCAUUGGCAAGGACAGUAACAGUUGGGGGUUAUCCUACAUUGGAAAUUUUCAUCAUAAAGGAAAAUCCCAUAACUAUACUUCAAGAUUUGACCAUGGUUCAGUAAUUGGUAUCCAUUUGGAUGCCUGGCAUGGCAAGUUAUCUUUCUUUAAAGACGAUGAGCCACUAGGAGUGGCUGCUUCAAACCUUACUGGCAAAACCCUAUUUCCUGUUGUUUCUUCAACUGCGGCAAGAACAAAGAUGAAGCUGCAACGCAGUUCUUCCAUGUCUUUUUCUCUACAAUAUCUUUGUUGUGCCACCAUUGGUAAAUGCCUUCCAAAUCUUAAAGCAGUGGAGAGUCUGCCCAUCCCCCCAGGGGUGAGGCGACAUCUUUGUAAUGAACUAGACUGGGUGGUGAAGGUUCAUUUACCAUCAAAAAGGAGCUGACACAGACACAUUAAUUACACACUGUUUUAAGUUGCUUUUAUUUUACAAAAAAACUCAACAGAGCUUAUCAAAGACCAUAGAAUGGCGUAACUGCUUCUAAAUGACUGUUGCUAUUAUUCUUUCUGUUUGGUGAAAAUCUUGUUGAAAUUAGAAACUAGGAGAACUUUAAAUGUUAAUUCAGCUAUUUGAACAUUCUCAAAGUCAUGGUUAUCCUGAAGGCUUAAAACGUAAAAUGUCUGGAGUCUUGGCAUUUUUUCUCAUGGAGAACUUGGAAAGAUGGCUUUAGAUUUAAAUAUUAUUGUUGGUAUUUGUAAGUUUCAUAAAAAAAAGAGAACCAACAGUAAAGUGUGAGUAAAUAUGAGAGAGAGAAAAAAGUGCUAUUUAUUAUGUUAUGCAUUUCAAAUCAUGUUAAUAAGUGUAAAUAAGUAAAUAAUGGUAUCAGUUUUUGGGUUGGAGGGAGAAACUAAGUUGAUUGAUAUCAAUAGAUCAUUUGUAUUUUGCAGAGUUGUGUUUAUAAAAGUCUUUUGUUGUUCCUUUUCAAUGUUAUUGUGAGCAGCCCAGCUGUUAAUCACAGAGUUUAUAAUAAAAAAAAUACAAGUUGAACAUUUAAACGUUUUACUGGAUGCCUGAAGUAACAGAUGAAUCAUAAGACUAUAAAUACGGUCUGCAUUUCCUCUAUUGAACGUGGUUAUUUAAAAACUUGUCUAAAAGGAAGGGUACUGUACAGUACCGCAAAUGAUCCCCAACCGCAAAUGAUCCCGAGACCGCAAAUGAUCCCCAAAAUGGACCGCAAAUGAUCCUCGACCGCAAGUGAUCCCCAAAGUUGACCGCAAAUGAUCCCGUGAAAACUUGAGGAAUGGAAUGGAUUUUAUGGGACUGAUUACAAAAAAGGACUAAUUAUAAAAAAAGGAACCUUUUUCUCUAGCCUUCUAAAGAAAAAGGGAAGGAGGACGCUACAUCUCAGGUCAAUUUAUACAAGGCGAAAAAAAAAGUAGAAUAAAUCUGAAAAUGAUAUGGUAUCAACCGUAUACUUCUUCCUUUGUCAAUUGCUUCAAUUUUCUUUUAAGAACUGUUUCUUCCCUGAAAAUUUAAGACAGGCAGGACGUUAAGCAGAAAAAACUCUAUUUUAACGCGCAAGCUCAACUUGUCUACUGAGGAAUACAAAGCCGGGCACCCUCUACAUAACAAGAGCUUUAUUGACUUUACUGAUCCUUUUAGAAGCGUCGAAUUAAUUUUCAGAAUAUUUAGUUUUGAUUUUUCUCUGAAGUGUUAAUUUUACGUGAUAAACAGCAGGACAUUGGUUCGUAACUUAUGAGUGCCCCAGGCCUGGGAGUGCCCGUUAAAAAACAAGACAUGAUUUGAAAUAAACACACGUCAAAAUGCCACCGAACUUAUCAAUGUCCACAGUUUUCGAUUUAUUUUGAAAGAGCAACUUGCCUACAGCUCAUGAACAUGUUGUGAAUAGUUAUAUUGACGCUUAUAUGCAUAUCCAUUUUUUUGCCUUUGCUGUAGACAGUUACCAGGAAUCUAAACCUGGUAAUGAGGAAAGCAAAAGCGAGGCAAGCGGUAGUUAUCGCGUGACAAAACAUCGUAGGAACCGUCACAUUCACGGACUAAAAGAAAGUCGCUUAUAAUUGUUCGGAUCCAUGAGGCACUUUAAAGAAAAUCAAACAACCUUAAACCCUUAUUUAGCUGGAAUGAGAAGCAUUGCAUUUCAAAAGAGGUGAAAGAAAUGCUCUUGCAUUAAAGGACAAAUCCAGCAAAUCAAGCCGACCACAAACAACAAUAACCGCAGAAAAUGCGUGUCAUGACCUCUCAGUAUGAAAUAAGCGGCAAAAAUCACAUUUGCUCAGUCAAAACGUUUUCCUUCAGGUAUAAUCUACCCGCCAGAGAAAAAAAUUCAUUGGAACAAGCAGCAUUUUGGCAUGAGCUAAAAGUCGUGUGUUGCCUACCGACUUCGUUUUACACUUGAAUGAUUUUUUUCAUUUAGUUUUUAUUCAUGAAUAUACGUAUUUAUUUAAGAACUGAAAUUUAGCGUUUAAUCUUACUUUUUGUAUUAAUAAUAAAAUUGUCACGACGAUCCGCUAAUUCGAGUCUAAGCCAUUCCUAUUUUUCUUUCGGGAUCAUUUGCGGUCGACUUUGGGGAUCACUUGCGGUCGAGGAUCAUUUGCGGUCCAUUUUGGGGAUCAUUUGCGGUCUCAGGAUCAUUUGCGGCUGGGGAUCAAUUGCGGUACUGUACAGUACUCGUUGGAAGGAGGGCUCUUAAUAGAUAACAGCACUUUGAAAGUUUCAUUUAAUAUCCAGAUACCUUGAAGUUAAUUUCAUAGUUGGCCAGAGAGGAUUAAGUAAUAUGUCAUUAUACUUUGCAAGAGAGUGAGC